AUGGUUUGGCUUCUGGACGAUGUCUAUGACGUGCAACAUCGGGCCUACAUGAUGCGCGAGAAGGAUAAGAAGCUUGAACCUCUGAAGAUUCGGUAUCACGGGGUCUCUGGUCCUGCCAUGCCUUACGAUGAGCGGUACACACCGUACAUCAAGCAGGCAGGACUACUCCCGUGGAUUCUGUUGGCUGAGGAUGAUGUAGAGGAGGGAGAAGAGAAGAAGAAGAGGGAAAGGAAGGCAGCCGGAGCUGCUUUCACGUGGAUUCAAAAUAACUUUGCGACGUGCCCUCCGGAUGCAACUGAUGAUGUGAUCCAGACACAUGCUCGUGUGUAUAUGUGGUACAUUGUGUCGAGCACUUUGUUUCCUGACUCCACUGGCAAGAACGCUCCAUGGAUGUGGCUGAAGGCGUUGACCGUCUUCGAUAGCAAAUGGAGCUGGGGUUCAGCGACUCUUGCCUACUUGUACCGACAGCUGGAUGAUGCGUGUUGCAGGAUCACACCUAGUGCAGGCAUUGGUGGUAAUCUGCUUCUACUUUCUGUAUGGAGCUGGGAGCGUCUGCCUGUUGGACGCCCGAAGAGCGUCAGGUUUGAUCCUUGGUAUGCAGAUGAACAUGACGAAUUACGGCGCCCCACGUGGGCUUACAAGUGGGAUAUCGUUUCCGAGAUGACGAACGAUGUCAAUCUCAUGUACCAAAAGUACAUUGCCGAGUUGGACACGAUUACGCCUGAGCAGCCUCACCUGCCGGAUUGGGUGGACACGGAUAAAGCACUUCAUAGUAACUACGUACGAUGGUUUAUUGGAACUACUCGAGUUGAGAUAUGCCCGCCGGCAUAUAAUGAGGAUAUUCUUGAAGAACCCGUAAACUUUGAGGAUCUAGCAAAGGGGAAGUACAACAGAGAUGUCAGGCUAGGGCAAGGAGUCCCUGCUGUUACGGUGAUUAACUAUGUGCUUGAUGAUGACAUGACUUUGGCGGACGCUCAAGCUCGGUCCGCAUAUGUGUUCAAGCCUAGGCAGCCCAGACGCCGGUACACGCCCAACGACUAUGACAACAGAGGCAACCCAAAGGUGGUCGUAGGGACCUCACGGAUGGCUAGCUUGGAUGAUGAGGCGGAGGAGGAGGCGGAGGCGGAGGAGGCCAAAAUGGCAUCUGUUUCUGUAGUUUUGCUUAUAGCAGCACUGCAGCGCCUAACAUAUAGGCGCUGCACUGUACUGUGUGGCGCCCAACAAUUGGGCGCUGCACUGUAUAGUGCAGCGCCCUGUCCUUAG